AGAAGACGAGCACCGACGAAUAACUUGGCUACGCUUGCGCAAUACUAUGAGAGGAAAACGCCGACGUAUUCGCCAGUCGGGUCUUCAACUCCGGGCCGCGUAUAUCGUACCCCUGGUGAGUCCUACCUCAGCAUCCAAACUGAUCGCGAUACUAUCAAGUCUACCACCCACUCACUCUUCAUCAUCACUAUUUGUCUCACCCGCACCACACCUAAUCAAAUUACCAUUGUCAAUUCACCAAAGAUUUCCCUCACAACCCGACAAUUCAAAUAAAUCAGCUAAUGUCAAUGCCUAAUUACCAACAUUUAAUUGGCAUACAGAGUGCAGUAGAUAUUGGUAACAGUUAAUUGGGGUCUAUCAUCAGUGGCUGACGGAAUUUACACUGUUACGUAUAUCCCUCGUUACGUGAAAAUGAUUUUAAUCCAUUCGAAUGGAUCAUUCAUGGCAAUGUGAGUCAGCGUAAUUGGACGCCACAAAUACUAUUCAAAUUCCCAUCGAAAUACCGGAAUGAAAAGUGGAUCGUACAUUAAACGCAGUUAGAAAUUGAUUAAGCUGAAUAUAUCGGUGAGUUAUUCACAGUCUCUCAUCGAUAAAUUGUAUCAAUAAGACUCACCACCAACAGCAUCAAGAACAUCGUGUUUAUUCAUCAAAUAAUACGCAUUGAAUUUCCAACUAUCGAAGCACUGACCUAGGACUACCCCAGGGAAAAUUCAGUAUUAAAUACAUUAAUUAUUGCAACCCCUCAGAAUUUCAUCGCUUUGAAAUCCACAAGACGUGUUGCAAAUACGUUAACGUUAAGGCGUGCUGUUGUCCUGUGGUACACGACGAAAAAAAAAUUUCCUUCGUUCUCUGGUUUUUCACGCUGCUUUUGUAUCUGGUGAAAAAUUGAAAAUAAAAACAUUCCUUCGUCAGGUAUGAAUAUCACUGAAUAAUUCAAAUUCUAACGUCGAAAACGUCAGUUGUUCGGUAGUAGCUGAAGACGAAAGCAGGUGAAUACCUUUACGACUGUGCUCUGCAUAUGAAAAUACACCUGAGGGAGUCGUGUAAAACACGAUAAAACUGGCCCGUCAUCGUUUUCCCGUAUUUUCGUAUCAAAUUCCGAGGGAGGGUUUUCCACGAUCAACUUUAGUACACCAUUCCAAAUACGUGGUAUCCAGCUAUUUCUGGACGCUAUGUAAGAUCCCAAGGUUUACGAAUGACAUGUCCCCCUGGGGCUCGUGUCCGAUCAAGAUAAAUUGAACUCAGAGUAGACGAGAGGUGCAACGAUCAAGAAUGAAGGUGCAAUAUUAAGAAGACAUACAAAGGUAUCCCCUACGGUGAGAGAAGAGAGAAAAAAAAAGGAAAAUGAUGGAGUAAAAUUCAUUGCGCAAGUGUCGGAAAUUUACUCGAAAUCCUGAUGAACUUUUCGCUGUAAACAAUCUGAAGUGACAGAGGCAUCAUGAUUUGAAGGGCACAUCUCAUCUCUCGGUAGGACAUGACAUAACCUCCUGGGACGCCUGUCCAAUCAAGAUAAAUUGAACUUUGUGCAGACGAGAGUGAAAAAUCUUGAUGAAUUCCCCAAGAAAUACCCGAAAUCGGAGUUGUCUCACCGUUUGAAGGACUUGCUCGUAUCUAGUGCUUAUUUCGACUUUCGGUGAUACUCGUGUGUCUUCAAAGUUUACGAAUGACAUCAUCUCCAGGGACUCCUGUCCCCCCCCUGUGAUAAAUUGAGCUGUGCUGAGGAGUGGCUCGAAUGAAUAUUGAAGGUCGAAUAUCAACAAGACAUACGGGUGAAUAAAAGUCUAGGCUCGAGUGAAGUUGUGUACGAAUUAUCCGAUAAACUUCAACUACUCGGAACAACUUUACGUCAUAAUUCCCCAAAAUCUUCACGAGAAAUAUUUCAUUUCAUAUCUACUUCUUGUCUCACUGUUCCCUAUCCGCGAAACCGUCUUCAAAGUUCACGGAUGACAUGUCCUCCGGGGACUUUACCGGAUCAAGAUUAUCUGAAUUUCGUGGGAGGGGAAGGUGCAUUGGUCAUUACUGAAUGCUCCUCAUAUCAAAUUCUCGUCUCACUUGUUGGUGUCAUCGUGAAAGUUUUUUUCAAAUUCCCCACACGAGACAACAUCCUGGGACUUUCCAGAUGAAAUGAUCUUCGAAUAAUAAUAUCAGUCAAUAUUUAUCACGAGAAUAUCCAGAAGAAAAAAAACAACUAGUGCUGUGAAUAGUGCAAGUUGUUGAAAAACUCGAUAAACUAACCAGCAAAAGCUCCUUUGAAUUUACCAAGAAGCGACUGAAAAGGCAACGACAUCAUGAUUUGAAGAGCCCUCACCUUCAUCUUCAAUUCUUGUUUCAUCUUUCACUAUCACCCACAACUUGAUAUGCCAGGGGCAAGCUAAUUAAUCACCGUGCACUAACGAGCUACCCAGCUAUCCCCGCGGUCUCACAGACUCUCCCCCCCCCUCCUUACCCCUACCCUUAACGACACCCACGAGAGCUUUAACUUGCAGUGUCUGUGCUUGUGUAUAUGACACACUGACAGACAGAUCUUACAGUGAAAAAAAAAAAAAAUUGAACAACUUAAAGUAGAAACAAAGUCACUUCAGUGAACAUUUGUAUCAACGAGUUAUGAUGGUUUUGGUAUUGGUGAUAUCGGUUACUCGAUAACAAGCUUUUAGCCUUUUUUGACCGGAGCUUACGGCUCACCAGUGUGUAUGUAUACCACGUUUUCAAACGUUGAAUUGAGGACUCUUGAUGGUAUCCGGUGAAAUUGAGUUUGACUACGUUCAAUUCCACCGCACUAUUUGCUGUACAAUUCAGUGACAUUCGAGGAGGUGAAGUACACGUAUGAUACGUUAUUUUUUUUUAUCUUUUCUUAUCAAAUUUCAAUCAUGGUAUUGUACCUACUUAAAUACUCGAAAUAAUAGCGUGUAAGUAAUUAUCAAAAAGUGGAGAAAAUCACUGAAUUACGUUGAAAGUCAGGUAAUUUGGUUUAACAGUGUGUCACAUCAGUGAGCAUUCACCCUCGUCAAAUAUUCAACCAAGAGAGAAUAAUUGAUCACUCGAAAUGGCGUAAGCCAGAUAUUCAAUGGUACAUGUGUAACGAAAGCAUCUGGGUUAUGGCAUGAAGACAUUAUCAGUGAAAGCAACCUGCGGGCCCAGCGAGGUGGAGGAUGAGGAUGGUGAUGGGUGUCAUGGUGCUGGGUCAGCUUUUGAUGAGGAUCCUGUUGGCUGCUCAUGCCGUAGAUCGGCUGGCAGCUGCCCGCAGGAUACUUCGAGACGUCCCUCUCAUAGAUGGGCACAACGAUCUACCCUGGAACAUCCGAAAGUUCCUGAAAAAUCAACUGCGUGACUUCAGGUUUGAGGAUUUAAAGGGCAGCCAGCCGUGGUCACAAUCAGCCUGGAGUCACACUGAUCUCAGAAGACUGAAGGAGGGAAUGGUAGCAGCUCAAUUUUGGUCAGCUUACGUGCCAUGUUCAUCCCAACAUCUUGAUUCUGUUCAAUUGGCACUGGAGCAGAUCGACUUAAUUCGACGACUUGUGAAUAAACAUUCUCAACACAUGGUCGUUGUCACAACUGCUGAAGGGAUCGAAAAAGCUCACAAAGAGCAUAGAUUAGCCAGUCUUAUAGGAGUUGAAGGUGGCCAUGCCGUUGGGACGAGCUUAGCUGUGCUGAGGAUGUUCUACGAGCUUGGCACGAGAUAUUUAACCUUGACACAUACAUGUAAUACCCCUUGGGCAGACUGCAGUACUGCGGACGAGCCUGGUCAAGUGCCUCACGUCGGUGGACUUUCUAGAUUUGGAAAGAGUGUAGUCUGGGAGAUGAACAGACUGGGCAUGAUGGUGGAUCUCUCUCAUGUAUCCGUGCCAACGAUGUUGGAUGCAAUGGCGGUGUCCAGAGCGCCUGUCAUAUUCAGUCACAGCAGUGCACAUGCACUUUGCAAUUCAUCGAGAAAUGUGCCCGAUCAUGCACUUCGAUUGCUGGCACAAUCGGGUGGUAUCGUGAUGGUGUCUUUCUACCCGCAUUUCGUUAGCUGCGGAGAGAGAUCAACUCUGGACGACGUUGUUGCGCAUAUUAACCACGUCCGAAAAGUAGCGGGGACAGACCACGUGGGACUUGGUGCGGGGUAUGAUGGAAUUAAUUUAACACCUGCAGGUCUUGAAGAUGUAAGUAAAUACCCAGAACUGUUUGCGGAACUCUUGGCACAGGGCUGGUCGGAGGAAGACAUUCAGAAACUCGCUGGUCUUAAUCUAAUUAGAGUGUUCAAAUCAGUUGAACAGAUAAGAGAUCGUAUGGCAGCAGAUGGCAUGGAGCCAUUGGAGGAAGACAUCCCUAACGAGGACAUUCUCGGAAGAGACUACUGCCGUUAUAAUCUUAAGCAUCAUCUCGCCAUUACACCCUGAAUGACACACCAAUGUGGUGCAUUAUUGUGAACUCUUCAUUCCAAUAUUUUUUAUAAACGUCAUUAGUAAAUUUUCUCUAUUAAUUACGUUGUGAAUGGUUAUAAUCGAUCGAAUAAUAAUUAAAUAAACUCGAAAAUGGUGCUGUGUGCAAGUGCCGAUGUGAAUUACAUGUGAAAUUGAAAGGACAAAGUGCAUCGCAGUGAUCGAAAUUACGAAUGAAAUGGUAAAAAAGAGAUUAUCAAUCUUUAAAGAAAACAUAUAAAUAUGGACCACUGUAAUGUUCUAUUAUGACCAAAGAAAUUUAUA